UUAAUUAAUUCAAAUUAUUUUGUGCAGUUCAAAAAAACCUGUAUUGUAUUUAAAUGACUAAACAAUAAAUUAAAACUGGUAAAAUUUAUUAUUCAGAUAAAAUAUCGCUGAAAUAUACUUUGUAUAAUAUAUAAUAUAUGUAGAUAUCUAUAAUAAUAAACAGCUGAUUACCUCGUGUUUGAAAGUACAAGUGAAAGAACGUGAAUAGUUAUCAGUUAAAAAAAAAGUAAAAGAUAAAUAUAAAUAAUAAAAAAAUUAAAAAAUCACAGAUUAGAAAUUCGAUUUUAGUAACAGUCUACUGAUGCUGGUGAAACGCAAACAUUUGUUCCUUAUAGAUUUUAAUAUUUAUAAAAUAAUAUCCUAUAUAAUAUUUUAUUUAUGACCGUUUAUGAGCAAACAUCAUGAUAAAUAAUUACAAAUUAUUUAUAAAAUUGAUUGUUAUUUAUUUAAUUACCAAUACAUGUGCUAGUGAUUUUUACAAAAAUAUUAAUUUGCCGGUAAAUCAUUUGAAAUAUUAUUUCAAUUCAUUUCCAUUGGUUGCACGUGAAUGUUACGAUGAUCCGGCAUGUCCUUAUAAGGACCAUUUAGAUAAAAACGCGUGCUGGGGAUACGAAAAUGAUUGUAAGAAAGAAAAUGCAUUUUCAAUUCCACAUUGUCCUGGUGACCACAAAGGAUGGGUGUCAAGUAAAGAAGCACAAAUAGAUACAUUUUAUUCUCAAGGUGACUUUGGAUAUGUUAAAGAUCAGCGUAAGGAAAUGACGCUGCUGUGUGAACCAUUUUUUAAAGAAGAUUCAUCGUUAGAAUGUUCAGAACAUCUGCGAUUUUGCAGAGGCAGAAAUAUAAUGAUUAAUUUUACGGAUCUAAUAAAUAGAAAAGAGCCGAUUAGAUACGCGAUGGAUGUAUUAAAAGAAGGACAAAUUGGUGGUUAUUGCAAAUUGAAUGACAAAAAAUUACAAGACAACGCAGAUCACAUCAGUGCUUUGCAAUCAUGGGGACCGGAGUUGCGGUAUUUUCGUAAAUUAUCACGACGUCCGAUUGUCGAAGGUGACUGUGAUAUAGUUAUUGAAAAACCAACUUAUAUUAUGAAGAUUGAUGCAACAGUUAAUUUGUAUCAUCAUUUCUGUGAUUUUUUUAAUCUCUACGCAUCGUUACACGUUAAUAAUACUCAUCCAUUGACAUUUAGUACUGAUAAUCAUAUUUUAAUAUGGGAAAGUUACAAUUAUCAUUCAGCGUUUCAAGAUACGUUUGAAGCAUUUACUAAAAAUUCAUUAUGGGAUUUAAAAACAUUUCGUGGCAAUACAGUUUGUUUUAAAAAUUUGGUAUUGCCAUUAUUACCUCGUAUGAUAUUUGGACUUUAUUACAAUACUCCAUUAAUAUAUGGCUGUGAAAAAAGUGGGCUUUUUAAAGCUUUUAGUGAAUAUAUAUUACAUAGACUUGAAAUACCUAUUUAUCAACGUAAAGAUAAUAGAAUACGUGUUACAUUAUUAAGUCGUGAUACAAGAUAUCGUAGAAUAUUAAAUGAAGAUGAACUUGUUGAAGGACUAAAAAAAAAUGUCAAUUACAAAGUCAAAAGAGUAAUUUACAAUAGAGCAAUACCAUUCAAGAAACAACUAGAAAUAACUCGUAACUCCGAUGUAUUUAUUGGAAUUCACGGGGCUGGAUUAACUCAUACGUUAUUUUUACCUGAUUGGGCAGCAGUAUUUGAAUUAUACAAUUGUGAAGAUGCUAGUUGUUAUAAAGACCUAGCUCGAUUACGUGGAGUUAAAUACUUUACUUGGGAAGAUGAUGAAAAAUUAAUUCAACAAGACCCUGGUAAUCAUCCUGACGGAGGAGCACACGCUAAAUUUACAAAUUACAGUUUCAACGUGACCGAAUUUUUGAGAAUUGUGUCUUUAGCCACAGAGUCAGUAUCCAAUGACCCGGAUUAUAAAAAAUUUAUGAACUCAAAUACCUCAAGGUCAAAACCACCAAAAAAUGAAUUAUGACAAUUACUGUAUAAUAAUUAAUUAAAAUAAGUAUUCCAAUGUUACCUAUUGAUAAAAACAUUUUUUUAUUUUUAUAUAAAUUUUAAAUAAAAAUUAUUUAUCACACCA